AUGACUACUACUGGUAUUGAUCUUCGUUCGAUUACAGUUGAUUUAAGUUCAUGUCCAACUGUUGGAACACAAUCAUCAUUUCAAUCUCAAACAACUGAUUACAGUGAAUUAUUACGUAAAAUAGCUGGAAUUAAUACAAUAUCAUUUACGUGUUCGAUUAUAUGCAUAGCUUUCGAUUUAAUCUUUACAUUGAUUACAUUGGGAAUUGGUGGAGCAAAUCAAUCAUCAUGUCCAAUGGAACCUCGAAUACCAAUGUAUUUGAUUGUUUUAGGUAGUAUUAAUCUUAUAAGUAUUUGUUUUAGUAUUGUUGCUUGUAUAAUUCAUCAUCGAGAAAAAGAUAAAACUAUAAUUGGAUUUUAUUAUGUUCAUUGUACAGCUAUUCUAAUUAUAAUAUUACAAUUAUUUAAUUUUAUAUGGGUUAUUAUUGGAAGUAUUUGGACAUUUCGUAUAUAUAUGAAUGUACAAUAUACAGAAAGUGAUCAAGUAAAUUAUUGUCAAGGAAAUGUAUAUCAAUUUACAAUUAUUUCAAUUAUUUUUCAAUAUGUUCUUCCAUUAGUAUUUUGUUGUUGUAAAAAUGUGCCUUUUAAUUUUUAA